UGGGGGGCACUCACUUUUCGGAGCCCCCGGUUCCUGUUUGCAGAGAGGGGCACAGCGGCACCUCGUCCUGGGCUGUGGAGUGAGAACAGGGACCCGACCACGUGAAGCACAGAGAAUGCUCAGGGAUCCGCAGCCGUGUAUCCAGCCAACAUCACCAGGCUGCACGCGGAGCCUGGCCCGGGCCAGGUCCUGGGGUACCGAGCAUGGGUGGGGCCUGAGAGACGGCUCAGGGACCAUCCUGGGAGGGCCGGGCGGAGGGGCAGCGACCGGGGCUCAGGCCCAGCAGUGACUGGGAGGCAGCUGUGCCCAUGAAGCUGCGCCCUUCUCCAGCCUCAGCCCCCAGCCCAGCUUCCCGGGCCGGCCCCACCGCUCAGCAGACCCUCCCUAUCCUCCAAAAACCCACGCUCACCUCUGGGUUCCGGCUGGGCGGUGGUUGCCAGGAGACGGUUGCCGGGUCACCACUGUUGUUUCCUGGCCCCGGCUCCCAGGACCUUGUGGGCUGGGCAGGUCUGCCUCCGCAGAGCAAGCCCUGGACGGACGGCUGCUUGAGACCACAGGUCGUGCAUCCUCUGACAGCGGCCUCCGGCCGGGAGGCACCAGCUCUUCGAACAAUGUUUAAAAGUCUCUUCUGUUCAUCCUACCAGGGUGCUGUCUCCUGCCGGUCUUUUCAUCUCACCAGCUGGCACCCAGGCCGAGCUCAGCCACGCCUGAGGAGCAGCUCCGGCUGGGGAGGACGUGCCCGGCAGAGACAGGGUGCAGAGACAGCCUUGCCCCCACACGGCGCCAGGCCCCACAGCUGCCACGGAGACGGGAGCCAGCCGCACGCACAGGCUCAAGCCCACGGCCCUGGGAGGCGCCCUUUCCUGGGCAGGGUGGACCUGACUGCCAGCUCCAUCCAAGUGCUCGGGCCUCGGGCCGCCCGGAGUUCCCACAGGAGGGUCAGGGUGGCAUCUUCCCUGCAGGGCCCUCGCCCUGGCACCCCCCGGCCAAUGGCCCACAGCUGCACCCGGUUCAUCCACCGCCGCGGACCGCCCACUCGGACCCAAGCCGGCUCCAAGAGGGGCAAGAGGCCAAGGAUCCAGCGGAGGCCUCGGGCUCAAGUCUCAGCACCGGCCUCACAGCCCAGCCCCUGCCCUGCACCAGGCCACUGCCCUGUUGGCCCGGCCCACAAGAGGCCAAUGGGGAGCAGCCAGGAGGAGGGACUCCCGUGUCAGCCAAGCCAGCCAGACCACGACGCAGGUGGGCACUGUGGGCCGGACCUGGAGGGGACAGAAAGAGCCUCCGCCACGCCCGGACCCCCUGGGCUCCUGAACAGCCACCCGCCUGCAGACUCGGAUGACACUAACGCCACCAGGCCCUCAGCUGCCCUCCUGGAGGGGCUCCUGCUGGGGGGUGGGAAGCCAUCGCCCCACAGCACCCGGCCGGGGCCCUUCUUCUACAUUGGAGGCAGCAACGGGGCCACAAUCAUCAGCUCCUACUGCAAAAGCAAGGGCUGGCAGCGCAUCCAGGACAGCCGCCGGGAUGACUACACGCUGAAGUGGUGUGAGGUCAAGAGCCGAGACAACUACGGCAGCUUCCGGGAAGGAGAGCAGCUGCUGUACCAGCUUCCCAACAACAAGCUCCUCACCACCAAGAUUGGGCUGCUCAGCACCCUUCGGGGACGGGCACGGGCCAUGAGCCAGGCCAGCAAGGUGCUGGGGGGUGCCCAGGCCAGGCUGGAAAAGGACACAGCAGCGCCCGCCCUGGAGGACCUCCCGUGGACAAGCCCAGGAUACCUCAGGCCACAGAGGGUCCUGAGAAUGGAAGAGUUUUUCCCAGAGACCUAUCGCCUGGACCUCAAACACGAGAGAGAGGCCUUUUUCACUUUGUUUGAUGAAACCCAGAUAUGGAUCUGCAAGCCCACGGCCUCCAACCAGGGCAAAGGCAUCUUCCUGCUCCGGAACCAGGAGGAAGUUGCCGCCCUGCAGGCCAAGACCCGGAGCAUGGAGGACGACCCCAUCCACCACAAGACGCCGUUCCGGGGGCCUCAGGCGCGGGUGGUGCAGAGGUACAUCCAGAACCCGCUGCUGCUGGACGGGAGAAAGUUUGACGUGCGCUCCUACCUGCUCAUCGCCUGCACCACACCCUACAUGAUCUUCUUUGGCCACGGCUAUGCCCGCCUCACCCUUAGCCUCUACGACCCCCGUUCCAGCGACCUCAGCGGCCACUUGACCAACCAGUUCAUGCAGAAGAAGAGCCCUCUGUACAUGCUGCUGAAGGAGGACACGGUGUGGAGCAUGGAACACCUCAACCGCUACAUCAAUGACACGUUCUGGAAGGCCCGGGGCCUCCCCAAGGACUGGGUCUUCACCACCCUCACGAAGCGGAUGCAGCAAAUCAUGGCCCACUGCUUUCUGGCCGCCAAGCCCAAGCUGGAGUGCAAGCUGGGUUACUUUGACCUCAUUGGCUGUGACUUCCUGAUUGAUGACAACUUCAAGGUAUGGCUGCUGGAGAUGAAUUCUAACCCAGCCCUGCACACCAACUGCGAGGUCCUGAAGGAGGUCAUCCCAGGUGUGGUCAUCGAGACCCUGGACCUGGUGCUCGAGACCUUCCGGAAGAGCCUGCGCGGCCAGAAGAUGCUGCCUCUGCUGUCCCAGCGCCGCUUCGUGCUCCUGCACAACGGUGAGGCCGAACUGUGGCCGCGCCUGGGGGGCUCGUGCAGCCUCCGCCGCCGCCUGCCCCCGCCCACCCGCCAGGCCAAGUCCUCCGGGCCACCCACGCCGCACGCCCCAGACCAGCCGGGCGCCCGCAGGCCUGCGCCACCUCCCUUGGUGCCGCAGUGUCCCCGGCCACCCGGCCCCAACCUGGACAGUGCCCACGAUGGAGAGCCCCAGGCCCCGGGCAUGGAGCAGUCGGGCGCAUGUGACAGGCACCCGGCGCAAGAGCCUUCCCCGGGGACAGCCAAGGAGGAACGCGAGGAGCCCAAGAACGCGAGGCCCUAGGGGCGGCCACCCGCACCCCACGCCCCUCGCCCAGCGCCCCAGCCGCGCUGCCUGCCCUCAGGGACCUAUAAAGCCUACUUUGUUACAAA